GAUUGAACUUGUGUUUAUGAUUUUAUUGAUCCAGGUACAGAAUCAACCAAAUGUAGACAUUGUAAACUUGAAAAAAUCAUUAGUCUCAACUUGGGACGUUCUAGUGUUUCAGUGUUUCAUUGAAGAGUGUUCUUUAUAAAUAGAUUAUCUGCCUAUUACAUAAGAUUAUUACAUAAAUUAUCAGACAAUAAUAAUAGAUAAAGUAUCAAUUAUUAUCAAAUAUUAUUAUUGAUUAUCCGCGUAAAGAAGACUGUGAUGAAAUUCGUUCCUUCACUGGUUUGAUAUUUUUGAAGUCCAAAAGACAUCUUGUUUCGUAUGAAUGGCAGAGAAUGUGCAAUUCCCAUCCAUUACUCAAUGUAAUUUUUGUUGCAUUUGCCACACCAUUUUUCUUUGUAAGCUGCGACAACUCGUUCUUUGAUUGGGUCGAUGAAAAAGGAAACAUAUUAAUUUCUUAUGAUACUCAACGUCAAUAUGACGACUAUAUACAGAGUAACCUAAUCAGUACAGAAGUACCUUAUUCAUCUUGGACGCAUGAAACAUUUAUUUGUUUCAACAAACCAAUAACUGACUGCUUUCGACAAACCUUAUCAAACGAAGAUCUUACAGAUGGAGAUCAACAACAAAAUAUGAUGACCCAUUUUAGCGAAGAUGGAGAAAAUGAAGAUAAGCAACAAAAGAAGGAUGCAAAACAACCGGAAAAUGAUAAGAUAAAAAAGGACGGAAGGAACGAAAAUGAGAAGGAUGUGAAGAAAGAGGACACGAAAAUACACCAUCUUAUCAUCGAUAGUUUUACGCUGAAAAACUCCACGGAUUUGAAUAAUAUUUUUACGAAGGAUUUGAGACUUCUUCUGUUGUUGAUGGACGAAAAAUUAAAUAUCAGGAAUUUGUUUGAGUUGUUUAAAAAUGCGAAGCAUUUGAAGACGUUGUUUUUCUUCACAAACACCACUGAGUCGGUGAUCGAAGUUUCAGACUCUGAUGAUUUGAGUGACUUCAACAAAAUGGAGUCUAGCCUUGAUUAUCUAUACUUGUGCGGGACAUUCAACCCUUCAGCAGCUCUUUUAAUCGCAUUAUUGGAGCCGAAAUUUUUGAGCACAAAAUAUCUGGAGAGUGAAUAUGAUUUUGCAGAAUUUGAACAUCUGGGGAAGUUUGAAGAAGUUGAACUGAGGGGACGAAACCUUAGAAAUUCAUCGAGCGUCUUCGACUUCCUCCAUUCGCACAAUGUCAAGAAACUUGGACUGGCCAAAUCUGAAUUGAAAGACAUCCCAUCUGAACUGAAACAAUUGGAAUCCUCUCUCCAAUACCUGAGUCUUGCUUCUAACGAUCUGUCAUCAAUAGAUAGCGCUUCAAUAUUUCCCCAAGUGACGGCUUUGCUCGAAUUGGAUCUAAGAUUUUGUCAACUCAAAUCGCUGAGUUCGCAUUUCUUCGACGAGGUGCCAUCGUUGAGAUCAGUAUCCCUGUCAGGGAACUAUCUCCUCCAAUCUUCUCAACAGAACAAUCUGAACUUCCUCAAAAACAAUAUUUUAUACCUCGACUUAAACUUAAACCCUUUCAGUCAUGUAAUCAGCGUAAAGUACACUAGUUCCGAGCUGAGGCAGUUUUUAAACCCCAAGCCUGAAGGAGUAUUCCUUGAUCUAUCCUACACUUACUUCAAGAGAUGUAAAUCGGAUUCUAAGUAUAUCCAACCAAAUAUCACUCAUUUAUCAAUCAUAGAUUCUGUCAACUGUUUUAAAAACGUGAAAUUCACCAAUCUCGUACGUCUGGAAGCGAUCGAUGCAAGCUCUAACAUUAAUGCAAAAAAGUCAUCACCAAUAAUUGGCGAUGAAAUUGACAGCUUCUUCAAACGGAUCACCAAUGUAAGAGUGCUGCUAUUUAGAGAGAAUCACUUACAACGAGGUUUAGUAGUGAAACCCAAUUUGUUUGAAAAGAGAUUUACAUCUCUAGAAAUUUUAGAUUUGAGUGAAAAUAACUUGAGGACAAUUCCUCUCAAUUUAUUUCAAAUUCACACACUCAAAAAUCUCAAUCUGAGUAGCAAUUUGAUACAAAAAUGGGAUGUGACGUUGGUGAGGAAUGAUAGUAGCGCAAAACAUUUGAUAGUGGAUCUUUCUUUCAACAAAAUAGCCUGGAUCACACCGGCGAUGGAACAUGAUUUUUACAACUUCAAAGAGAUUAAUUUGAGGGAUAAUGUUCUGCUGUGUAAUGAACAACUGAAGCGAUUGUUGUGUGCUGCUGAGAGAAAUUAUGGAUCUGUGAAAAUUCUAAAUAUGAAGGAGACAACCUGCAACCGUUUGGAUAGAGAUGAGAGUCUUACUCUCGAAGAAUUGAAGAAAAGAGAAAAUUGUCAACGUGCCACCACCGCAUCUCUGUCAUCCGAUACAAGGAUGGGACCUAUGGUACCCAUACAAUCACUGUGGCUGCUGUUAACAGUGCUAGUAUGUCUCCUACUGUACGCCACAUGGAAUUGGACCAACCAUGUCAAUUUCUACACAAUUUCGAAAAAUUUGAAAUUUGCUGCCAGUCUUACGACAUUUUCAAAGAAAAAGGAAUCAUUCUGCUGCGAUUACCGCUACGACGUUUUUGUGUCGUAUGCCGGCAUCGAUAGAGACUGGGUGAUCGAUAGAUUGGUGCCCAAUUUGGAAACUGAAUCUGGGAUCAGGAUUUGCUUGCAUGAACGCGAUUUUCAGAUUGGCGUGGGUAUAAUGGAGAACAUAGUUGACUGCAUAGACAAAAGCCAGUGUCUCUUGUUGGUGAUCAGCAAAUCGUUUGUGAAGAGCAAGUGGUGCCAGUUCGAGAUGAAUCUGGGCCAAUACUUCACCAUCGAGUCCAACAAACCCCACCUUAUUCUGGUGCUGCUCGAAGAAAUUCCGAAAAAUGUCAGACCCAAAGUACUCAGUUAUUUGAUGAGAACUCGCACCUACAUAGAGUGGCCAAAGUCUGCUCAAGAUAACAACGAAGCUGAGUUUUUCCAGCGGUUGACGAAGGCUUUGAAUGAUUCUAGAGUUUCCUGACAAUAUUAUUGAUUGAAGAAAAGUGUUUUCUUAAUUGAAAUUGGAUUUAUUGGUGGAAGGUUUCUUAUCAUUGUGUUUUUCAUCAUCAGAUAGUGUUUUUAUCAUUGAAAUUUGAUUUAUUGUUGGAAAGUUUUCCAGCGUUUGACAAAGGAUUUGAACGAUUCUAAAGUUUCCUGACAAUAAUGAUUUCCUGGCAAUUGUGAGAUUUGACGUUCCAAAGUCAGCACCUGACUAACAUUGGAAGGCUGUCCUUGUCUGUUAUAAGACAAAGCAGAUAGCUUUAUCAUCUUCCAAGUUUACAACGUUUCCGAAUUGUUUUUAGAAUCUAUGAAGAAAUAUCAUAUGUUCAUAAAUAAAACCAAUUUAAUCUCAAUAA